AUGGGAAAUACUGGAGCUACCAUCCAGUUUGGUAGUCUCGAUUUCUCUGCUUUUGUUGCAAGGUUUGCCGUCGUUCCUCUGAAUGACAUAAGUAUUGAAAGGCCUGUCAGUAGGCCCUUUUCUAUUGAAGUUGCUACACGCCGGACGCAUCCGCCAGCGUCAUGGGGUACUAAUGCUGCUGAAAAUUCUCGUAAGAGGGUUUCCAUAUUUGAACGGUUGUCGCAACCUGAAGCCCAAGCUACUAAGAGGGUCGUAGGCAGAGGAAGAAUAUCAGUGGUGACUGCUAACACCACUACUCUGUCAACUAGGUUAUCUACACUUGUAAAAUACGAUGCUGAAGCCUCCUCAUUUGGAGGAAGGCUUACAAGGAGGUAUAUGAUGCAACCUAUUCACGGCUCAGAGGGAAAUAAGUUGAUCAUUGGGGAAUCAUUUUGGCGCAAUAGUGGCAUGCCCAUAUUUCAUAAAGUAGGGAUGAUAAUUCAUGGAAAAGUGAAAUUUUGUGCCAAAUUCAUGAAAAUUGUAAAGCAUGGCGGUGGCCAGGUGUUCAAGUCCUUGCAGCGAUUAGUGCAGAGCUUGAAAUAUGGAACGAAUACAUUAGGGGUUAUUCUUGUUAAGAAUGAAAGCAGUGUUUCACGUCACUUGAAGCAUUGUGCAUUGGAACAAGAUAUACCAACAAUGCCAGCCAGCUGGAUCAUAAAUAGCUUAUUUUGUGGGAAGCUACUGUCUCCUAAGCGGGAUCGUUGUGCACCGCUACACAGGAUCAAGAUGCCAUCAUUUCCUAAACCACAAGUUGACGUUGAUAUGAGUCAAGAAAUAUAGAUUUCAUGACAAUUCAGAUGAUGACAAGUUCUGCAAUUUUAUGAAAGAUCAAAAAUAAAACAUGUAAAACUGGAUCAAUUAAGGAAGAUAGUGUCAUGCCAGAUUUUAGAAGCUGUGAGCUGACAGAUUUCUCUUUUGUUCAUGGAUGCUUCCCUUCACAACAUGAAGAGGUUAUAAGUUCUGAGUUUAUCUUAAAUUAUUGGUCUUAUGAUGGUUCGAGCCUUCUAACCAUCUUGGAACACAACAUAGAAGUAUGCUUAGGCUUCGUUUGGAACAGCUUUCUUAUUGCUUUUUAAAAGAUCUUUCUAGUAUAACAAUUUUAAUUUUUAAACUAGAAAGCUAUUUUAAGAAAUAAUUCGAAAGCUGCCCCAAAUGAAACUUUAGUUUAUAUUCAGCUUCAUUUCCAAAGAUUCAAUUCUUUUAAUCCUGGGACUGCCCAUCUUAUCAAAUCUUCUCAGAGUUGAAGUCUCUAUGGCUCUUUCACAGAUCAAUAGAGGAGCACUGCAUGCUUGUGGCGCAACCAAUCCUUUUUUUCUUCAUCAUAAAAUGGAAUAGCACACUUUGUUAGGGGUUCAGGCUUAGCUUUCUUACUGCUUUCUAAAGCAGCUUUUUAGUAUAAGAAAUUUUUAGUUCAAAAAAUUCUUAUACUAAAAAUCUGCUUUAGAAAACAAUAAGAAAGCUAUAUCUUAAACGAAGCCUCAAGCUUCUGUGCACCAUUCUCUUUUUUAUGAUGUCCAAUUCUUUAGUUUAAAGUUCUAGUUUGGCUAUUUGUGGUGCAAGCAAUUUAUUAUUUUGCAUUUGAGCUUGACACUUCUUUCACUAAUUAUGAUCAACUAGUUUUUUUUAUUAGAUAUGUAAAAAUAUAAAAAUUCUUUGAUUGGUUUAUGUAUUUGAGCAACCUUAAUGUAUGAUUUUUGAAAUGUAGAAAAUAACC